UGCUUUGUUUGCUCAGCACAGAACCUCACCAGCGCUGCUGUGGAGUCCAAAUAUUUGUGACCUUUAUGUUUGUGACAAAUGGUUCAAAGCAGUUUUAAAAGGCAACAUCCUUGAGCUCCGAGUCAUGUGACUAACAUUUCUCCUCCUCCUCGAGGGUGUUAGUGAGUUUGCUGCGCUGGGCCUUGUGCGUGAUGAAUGUUUGUUGCAGACAACCAUCCUGGUGUUUGCAUGGACGAGAGGGAGAGGUGUAAUAAAUACAUGGUGCAUUGAGCAGCGGCGUCAUGUGCUGCUUUAGGUGUGAUUGAUAAGAAGAAGUGCAGAGAUGGGCUCCUGAGGUUCCUGUUGACCAUGAACGCAGCAGAUGAAGAGGACUUCAGUGGGUUUCAUCUCUGUAGAAACACUCGUAGGUUCAGAGGACGAGGCUGAAAGGACAAGAUGGCCGAUCCAAAAAAACAGGCUUCAUCAGCGCUGCGCUCUCGUCUCCACUGAUGUAGAUAGGCAACGCCCUCUGGUGUGUGUCUGUGUGUGUGUGUGUGUGUGUGUGUGUGUGAGAGACUUCCUGUCCCUAUCUGCUGGGCCACAGCUUCCCUUUUGGUCGUCUUCUCCGCAGCAUCAGACAGUUGCUGAUGUAAUGCUAAUGCUAACGAGGCUAAACGUGACCUGAGGCUUCUGGGUAAAUCGAGCUCGACGUGGAGGCCAGUCUGUCUCUAGAAGGUCCAUAAAUGGAUCAAAGCUGCUGAGUGUGACAUGUGCAGCGUGUGUGAUGACGUGCACCUGUGGAGGUCGGAGGUGGGACGCUCUGAGGGGCGGAGUCACCACAGGAAGCUGCUGCAGCGUGUGCAGCUGCAGGUCAAAGACUACGUUCAUAUGGUUGUACUCAUAAGGGCCUGAUCCUGACCUUCAUGGACAAGAGAUCCAGGCGCAGCUCGUCAGAGAUAAGUCAUGUCUCGUAGGAGUUCUCGCCUCGUCUCCGGCGGCUACUACAACUCAGACGAAGAAUCCGACUCCAGCAGCGUGACAAACAUUUCCUACCGGGAGAACCCGGUCAAGGUCUUUAAGAAGAAGGGAGGGACCCGCAAGGCCGGCCCCCGGACCCCCAACCGAGCCAACACUGAUGCCACUUCGCUGGAGCCGCCCGCCGCCGGCCCAAGUCCCUCUCCAUUGAGCCUCCAGCCGACCAUGAAGACGGUGUCCUUCCCGUCCACCGUGGUGACCCCCCGCCCCCCCCUGACCUCCUCAGUUCCCCUGAAGAAGAGUCACGUGGACAGCUCGGGCUACUCGUCCUCCGAAGGGCCGCGUGGGAAGCUCCCGGCCCCCAGCGGCACCAGUAGGACCAGUAGGACCAGGAGUGUGGCCCCCAGCGCCGGAUACUGGGACAGGAUGAGCCGGGCCUUCUUUAGGCUAAAGGAUUUAAUCAACAUGCACAUAGAAGCUGCAUGUGACUGCUUCCUCACAGCCGCUCCUGCUUCACUCAGCAGCUCCACCAAGAAGGCUCUGCUCCUCCUUUUACUCCUCCUCCUCCUCCUCGCCCUGAUGUGUGUUUGGCUCCGCCCCCGUUUACUGACAGCUGCCACAGAGACCACGCCUCCACUCGUGGACCCCGCUGUGGUGUCUGCUGCUGCGGAGGCCAGGCUUCUACAUCUUUUGGACUCAUCCGUGGUGUCUGCUGCUGUCGAAGCAAAGUUGCAACGACUUUUGGACCCGAAAGUGUCUGAUGCUGUCGAAGCGAAGAUGCAACUUUUGGUUCCCACCGGGUCUGCUGCUGUAGAAGCGACGAUGCAACGACUUUGGGAGGAGCAGCAGGUGAAGCAGGAGCUCUUGCUCUCUCAGAUGCAGGAGCGCCUCCAGCUGGACGUUUGGGACACGAGGGCCCGGCUGGAGGCCGACCGGCUGCAUCUGGAGCGGGAGGUGUCGUCUCUGGCCGAGCGGAUGGCGGACCAGCGGACGGACUGCCGCUCCGCCGCCGCCGCCGCCGCCCUCAGGCUGCGAGCUGUGGAGGCGCAGAACGCCAAGCUGUCCCAGGCGUGGCUGUCGGUCCAGAGGACGCCGCCUCCGGCCCUGUGUCCUGAUGCCGGCCACCUCCACGACCCCCUGACCCCGGAGCUCCAGCAGGCCGUGGAGAAGUGGCUCAGCGACCGCAUCAAGCAGCAGGACGCUGGAGGGGGAAGUCGCUCCGACUGUGGACGGCCGAUGGCCGACAAGAUGGCCGACUUUGCCCUGGAGACUCAAGGUGGCAGUGUGAUCAGCACCAGGUGUUCACAGACGUAUCGUAUCCGCUCGGCGUGUCUCACGCUGCUAGGGUUCCCCCUCUGGUAUCCGUCUGAAAGCCCCCGCACUGUCAUUCAGGGUCACCCGGGGCUGCUGCCGGGGAAGUGCUGGGCCUUCCACGGCGCCCAGGGCACUCUGGUGGUCUCUCUGUCUCACCCCGUCACGCUGACCCACGUCACGCUGGACCACCUCCCGCGCUACAGCUCCCCCACGGGCCGCAUAGACUCCGCCCCCAAAGACUUUGAGGUCUACGGCCUGAAGGACGAGGUGGACCAGGGCACCCUGCUGGGGACGUUCACCUACGACCAGGACGGAGGAGCCACGCAGACCUUCCAGCUGCCGGGCCCCGGCGGCGUGCUGCACCGCUGCGUGGAGCUGCGAGUCCUGUCCAACUGGGGCCACGUGGAGUACACGUGUCUCUACCGCUUCCGCGUGCACGGGCGCAUCGCCGCCACGUGACCACGCAGGAAGUACAUUAAAGGCUCCGAGGGGGGGGGCGUUAAAGCAUCUGGAGCUGCUUUUCAGCCAGUCACUCAUCCUCCAUUUUGUUUCUUCACUUCAACAAAGUUUAAACAAUCUAAUCCAAAUGAUCUAACAAUUCCUCCAACCUGUAAGUGACAGAAACCAUGGGAGUGAAUAAAUGUACAAAAUAAAGUUAUGGUUUUGGUCAUGUGACAGUGCCACAAAGUAGCUUUUGUAGUCUGUUAUUAAGAAAUGAAUCAGGUACAAACCUUAAUAAUGAUGAUGAUAUGAUGACAUAACAAUGACAUUUCUCUUCUUAACACCAGGCCAGUGUUACAUGCU